AUGUCGGGCUCCCUGGACCAAGACGUCUUCUGCUACCCCCAUCUGAACUCCUCGUGCAGAAAGCCCACACACCCGUACGUGGAGGCCAUGCUCAUAUAUGUGCUGCUGUCCUGCGUCUCCCUCAUCACGGUGGCUCUCAACCUGCUCGUCAUCAUCUCCAUCGCUCAUUUCAGGCAGCUCCACACUCGCACCAACCUCCUCCUCCUCUCCCUGGCUGUCUCGGAUCUCUUAGUGGGCCUGGUCUUAAUGCCCGUUGAGAUCAUUUACAUCGAAAGCUGCUGGAAUCUCGGCGACAUCGUUUGCAGCUCCUAUUACCUCAUCAAUUACAUCAUCACGUCCGCCUCCGUGGCCAACAUGGUGCUUAUAUCAGUCGACCGAUACAUCGCCAUAUGUGACCCUUUAAACUACCACACUAAAGUCACGAUGAAAAGGACAAAGUCAUGUAUUUUACUGUGUUGGCUUCUGUCCGUCGUUUACAGAAUGGUCAUAAUGCACGAUCAGCUGAAACACCCAGGUAUGUCCAACACUUGCGCUGGAGAAUGUGUGGUCAUAAUUCAUUUCAUAUCUGGUGCAAUAGAUCUCGUGUGCACAUUUGUCAUUCCCAUCCUCAUCAUAAUCGUCUUAUAUUUGAGGGUUUUUGUGGUGGCCGUGUCCCAAGCUCGUGCCACGCGCUCCCAUAUUUUAUCCGCAAACAUGCCGCAGAUGGGGAACGUGACCGCAAAGAAAAAAGAGCUUAAAGCGGCUGGGACUUUAGGCAUAGUUGUGGUUGUUUUUUUGGUCUGUUUCUGUCCCUACUACGUCCCCAGUCUGUUGGGCGAGGACACUGCAGUAGAUGCUUCCUCAGUGGACAUUGAGAUAUGGCUGGCGCAUUUUAAUUCAUGUCUGAACCCUGUCAUCUAUGCCUUUUUCUACCCGUGGUUUAGGAAGUCAAUCAAACUCAUUCUGACAAUGCAGAUAGUCAAACCUGGAUCUAGAGACUGGAAAAUGUAA